AUGACAUGUUUUCGCUUGACUCUUUCCUACUUCCUUCUAGUGGUUUUCCUCGUAGUGGAACCUACUAAUGCCCUUGCCAAUCAGCAUCAUUAUCAUUCUUCUAGACGUGAAGAUCUCCCCCCCGCCCUCACCAACACUGGUUCCUCUUCUGGCGACGCAAAUGAUGGCGGGUACUCUGCUGCUAAGCCAUUCUACUCCCCCAUGGCUCUUUUCGGAAUCUAUUCGAGUGGAAAAUCCAAUCAACAUAAUGAUAAUGAUCCUCAACGCCAUCCCUCGCCGUCCGCCUUCGCCAAUGCUGAUGGUUCCUGCUCUUCUGGCAACGCAGAUGGUGAUGGACACUCCUCUGUUACUGGGUCGAACUACUCCCCCAUGGCUCUAUUCGGAGUCUACUCGAGUGGAGAAUCCGCCCUAUUUGGAGGAGCCCAUGGCAGCUGCGACAUGACAACGGCCAUGAGCAGUACCAAUCACGAAGAAUCGUCACAAGCAGCAGCACCAGCAGCACCCGAAUCCCCUGUUAUAUUUCUUCCCAACCAUUUGCUAAAAGAUGAUAAUAGAGACCAUUCGGUGUAA